AUGGCCACAACAGUUUCUCUCUGUUUCUCCUUAGACCCACAGCCUCACUAUUACCACCAUAACCACCUCUACCACACCACCCACUUCAAAAACCAAGCACGAUUCUUUUCCCCAAAACACACUCACCCACUUGUUAUCUUCCCCAAAUCUGACCGUUAUAACCUCAUCUCUUCAUUCUCUACAUCCCACUCUUCUUCCUCGUCUUCAACUUCACCAUCAAUUCUCCAAAACCCACUUCUUCCAGGGCGUUUUCUCACCAAUGAAGAGCUUGAAAAGCUUCAAUCCCUUGAGGAUUUCAGAUAUUACCAAGAAUUGGAAUCAGGGUCUAUGUGGGUUCGAGUGAUGAGGCAGGAAGAGAUGGACAUGACUGUUGAGUUGUUGGCAGAAUCUUUUGCAGAGUCCAUGUUGUUGCCUAUGAGAUAUGUGAGAUUCUUGGGGUUCUUGGUGAAACAGUACUUGAUUGAGAGGAGAACUCUGAUGCCCCACACUGCGAUACUCAUUGGUUUCUAUAGAGCAGGUGAAGAACAGGAUUUACAGUUGGCAGGGACCGUGGAUGUUUGUUUUGACAAGAAGGGUGCUAAUGCUUCUCCUCCCACACCAAGUCCUCCAAAGGAUUCACCGUAUAUCAGUAAUAUGGCGGUAAAGAAGCCCCUUCGAAGAAGGGGCAUUGGUUGGCAUCUUCUUAAGGCAAGUGAGGAACUAAUAUCUCAAAUGAAUUCCUCAAGGGAGGUUUACUUGCACUGCAGGAUGAUUGAUGAAGCUCCAUUCAAAAUGUAUACAAAAGCAGGUUAUAGUAUUGUUAAGACAGAUAGCAUCUUGAUCUUGUUGACAUUGCAGAGACGUAAGCACUUAAUGCGCAAGCAACUUCCAGUCUCAAACAGACUUUCUGAAAUGGAUAUCUUGGAUUCUAAUGAGGAACGUCCUUCAUGAUUGGAUGUGGGAAAAUGGAACAUACUUUAUGAGGUACCGGCGGUUACUACUACAUGUAUUUCUUUUGUCAAAGAAACACAUAGUUUCCCUGAAACUGUUGCAUUUUUCCGUGUGAAUCACGGUUGUAAAUUGUCCAAGUUGUAGAAUACGUUUCUUUUUUUUUUCGUGGAAUCUUUGCUACCUUCCCUGUGAAUACUGUCUUAGAGAAAUGUCUGCAGUGGACUAUUGAAUUCAAUAUCCAUCCUGUUCAAUCUAUGUUAUUCAAUGCUUCCUAAUUUCUGUUUUG